CUUCUCCCCUCGGGGCUGCCCAGAAGCCACCUGACAGCUCCGGGUGUCCCAGUCCGAAGUACCGUGCUAGACUUCGCCAGCCACGUCACUGAGUCUCACCGUCGGCCGGAAGUGGCGUGUGUCACCUCUACGGAAAUCCCCGCCGUGAAUCCUGGCUCAAGAGCAAUCUUGAGAGCAUCACACUUCCGUUCAAGGCACGCAAGUAUUUUUAUUUAAACAUAUUUAAGGGUGGUAACGUUAACCCAUUAGUGAAGAACAGCCGAGUCAAGACAGUCUUACUUAAAGCUCAAUACCUAGCAUCUAGCACAUUAUCUGAUACAUAAUAAGCUUUGUAAAUUACUUGUGAAUUCAAGAAACUCGUGUACUUUUUUUUUUUUUUUUUAAUGUUUAUUUUUGAGACAAAGAGAGCGCCCCCGCGAGAGCAGGGGAGGAGCAGAGAGAGAGAGAGAGACAGAGAGAGAGAGGAGACAGAGAACCCCAAACUGGCUCCGAGCAGUCAGCGCACAGCCCUAUGCGGGCUCCAAAUCACAAACUGUGAGAUCAGGACUUGAGCCACCCAGGCGCCCCUAAACAGGUAUACUAAACAGGUAUACUUUAAAAAGGUACUUUAAAAGUCUAUUUUUGAAAAACGAUUGUCAUGGAUAAUUUUCCCAAGCUAGAGACUCGCGUUUCUUUCUCUGCCUAGGCCCUCAGGCCUCUGAAGCCCUUUCGGGCGGAAGUGGGGAGACCAGGUUGCGGGAAGGCUGGCCCCAACCACCAGGCUCGCUCAGCUUGGGGACUGGCGGCGGAACCGCGCGAAGGCGGAACUUUGGACGGGUGGAACUGCAAUCCUGCGGACCGUCGGGAGUGAAACACCCCCCGGCCCGGAAGGACCUGACGCGAGCUGGGACUUCGGCAGCCAUCGCGCUUUGCAGUUCGAACUAAGAGGGUGUGGAAUCGACGCCAAGCGAGGAAUUGCGAUCUCUCUAGUAGCAGACUCUAUAAGGAUUUGGAUAUGUCCUUCAUAUUUGACUGGAUUUACAGUGGUUUCAGCAGUGUGCUACAGUUUUUAGGAUUAUAUAAGAAAACUGGUAAAUUGGUAUUUCUUGGAUUGGAUAAUGCAGGAAAAACAACAUUGCUACACAUGCUAAAAGAUGACAGACUUGGACAGCAUGUCCCGACGUUACAUCCCACUUCAGAAGAACUAACUAUUGCUGGCAUGACCUUUACAACUUUUGAUCUGGGUGGACAUGUUCAAGCUCGAAGAGUGUGGAAAAACUACCUUCCUGCUAUCAAUGGCAUUGUAUUUCUGGUGGAUUGUGCAGACCAUGAAAGGCUGUUAGAAUCAAAAGAAGAACUUGAUUCACUAAUGACAGAUGAAACCAUUGCUAAUGUGCCUAUAUUGAUUCUUGGGAAUAAGAUUGACAGACCUGAAGCCAUCAGUGAAGAGAGGUUGCGAGAGAUGUUUGGUUUAUAUGGUCAGACAACAGGAAAGGGCAGCGUAUCACUGAAAGAACUGAAUGCCCGACCCUUAGAAGUUUUCAUGUGCAGCGUGCUGAAAAGGCAAGGUUACGGGGAAGGUUUCCGCUGGAUGGCACAGUACAUUGAUUAACAACAACCUGCAUCAGUUCCAGGUCUCACCAUUCAGGCCUACUCAGAGAUUUGAUCACUCAACAUGCAUAACUUGAAUUCAAUAGACUUUUGUUGGUUAGAAAACAGAUGUUUUUUAGAUUAAUAUUAUAUCAACUUAAUUUGAGUGCAAAUUUAAAACUAAUUCAAUGUAAGUUUGAAUAUCACAAUGUUAGGUUUCUAAUUCCAUAAAAAUAAUUAGUUUUUACAGUUUAUAAUCUGACAUUACCCCCAGCGCCAUUUGUAAAGAACAACUUUCCAGCAGUACAUUUGAAGCACUUUUUAACAACGUGAAAUUACAAAUGUAAACCAUAUUUAAAAGCUCAUCAUGUUAAAUUUUUAUGUACUAUUUUGGAAAUAGUUUUAAAAUUUUAGAUUAUAUGCCCACCUAUCUUAAGUGUACAGUUAAUAAUUAGCUUAUUGAUGAUUGCAUGAUGCCUUACAGUUUUCAAUAUUUUUUCUUAUGCAAACGUCAUGCAAUAAAACAAACCCUAAUGUUUGGCAUCUUUGUUGGGCAGAUGUUUCAUUUUAAUGUGUCGUAUCUAGCUAGUAUGCUCUAAAAUUUUGAGUAACAUCAUACGUAUGAGGAGGUUGUGGGGAAAGGAGAAGGCUUCAGAAUUUUUAGAAUAAUGUUUAAGUCCCUAGAGGCUUUUGCGUUUACCAGGAGACAAGUUGUGUUCAGUUGCAGCUUAUACCACAUUUAUCUCUGAAUCGUGUAUUUUUAACAGUAAUGCUACCGUUAGUAGUGCUGAUGGGGUCCAUGUCCUUGUUGCUGUGGGAUCGGCCUUCUGAAGAAAAGCACAUCUUUUGGUACAACACAAGGUUAAUCUGGGAUAGGUUCUAAAGCUCCAUUCUAGUCUAAUUCUGAAGCGUUCCAAACUUAUUGGUGCCCAAUUUGUUAAUUUGUGCCUUUUGACCAAAAGUAGUGACAGGCACCAGGCUCCCCACGUUUAGAGGUACUCCCCACUCCCUUUUACAUAAUGGUACUCCCAGGGUGGGGGACAAGCAGGAUCUUGUGCCUAGUUUCAUUGUGGAGGCCUGUAUGUGUGAGGAAAAAGAAAGCCUCUUCCGCUCCAGUUGUCAGAUAUGGGUGAGGAUUCUGGUCCUAUCUAUAGCUCUUCUGCAUUGUUUGGCACAUUUUAUUUCUUGGUAGAAAUAAAUGAAUACUUGUAUUUCAUUUUCUUUUUUCUUAAUUGUUCUCAGCUCUUACUUUAUAGUACAAAGGCUUUUUUUUUUUUAAACUAAUUUUAUUAUUUUUUAAUUUACAUCCAAAUUAGUUAGCAUAUAGUGCAACAUUCAUUUCAGGAGUAGAUCCUUAAUGCCCCUUACCCAUUUAUCCCAUCCCCCCUCCCACAAAGGCUUUUUUGAAAAAUUUUUUUAAUGUUUUAUUUAUUUUUGACAGAGAGAGACCGAGCAUGAGCGGGGGAGGGUCAGAGAGAGAGGGAGACACAGACUCUGAAGCAGGCUCCAGGCUCUGAGCCGUCAGCACAGAGCCCAACACGGGGCUCGAACUCACAGACCGCGAGAUCCUGACCUGAGCUGAAGUCAGACACUCAACCGACUGAGCCACCCAGGCGCCCGAAGGUUUUUGUUUUAGAUGUAAUGCCUGUGGUGUGAUAGUGUCUGCAAGCCUGAUAGACUUACUAACAAAAUUUUAGUUUUUUAAAUCACUUCAAUUUUCUAAGAAACUGAGGGGUUUUUUUUUUCCCAUGUCAGAGAUUCUCAUAAUUACUCAAAUAAGCUGAAAGUGCCAAAUAUGUAUUUUUAAAGACUCUCAAACUUAAGAUAGUUCUUUCUUGGUUAUAAACUAAGAUUUUAUAGUGUAUGUAACCAAUUCCUUUGAGAAUAGAUUGCUCCACUUCCAUCAAGAAUAAUUUUAAUAUCAGAAUUAGUGUUUUCUGUAGCUGUUUUCCAAACCAUGUAUUAGAGUCCUUUCUGUCAUCAAUGAGGUAAGAUACGAGGUAGAUAGAUAAGGAUUGAUGAAUAUGACUGGAAGGAAUUACCAGUAGCCAAACCAAUAAGGUCAUUUCACAUUUGGUUUUAGUAAUUUGGCUCUUCUAUUUCACUUUAAGCUUCCUUCCAAAUGAAAAAUAUGAGCUUCCUCCCUGCUUAGAAUCCUCAGUGGCACCGUGGGACAAGUACAAAAUGAUGUAUCAACCUCCUGGCUUAUUUUGCCACCUGUGCUUAAAGUACUUCUAGGGGCGCCUGGCUGGCUCAUUCAGUAGAGCAUGUGACUCUUGAUCUCAGGGUUGUGGGUUCAAGCCCCGUGUUGGGUAUAGAGCUUACUUAAAUAAAGUACUCAUUUCAAGUGUCCUGACUAAACAGAACUAGGCCUUAUUAAAGGUACCUGCCUCUCAUUUUUGGUAUCUGUCUUGAGCACCAACAAGGACACACCUUUUCUUCAACUAUCUCCUUAUGUUGUGAUAUUGAAAAGUCAGUUACCUGUAUCAUAAACUGGUAUAAAGGAAAAAGCUUACUAGUUUGUCUAAAGAGGAAAAAUGCUUUCUGGUACCAAAUAUCUUGCUCCAGAGUUCCCAUUCUAGUUCUAACAUUGGGAUCAAAGAAACAAAGUCACUUUGUGGACCACAGCUAAACUGUGGAUAUUUUUCCAGUGAUGUAAGAUUCUUACAGUCUGAACAUCCAGAAAUGACGUUGCACUUAACAGCACCUGGCUUUCCCGCAGCUCGAGAGAGAUGGGCCUGCAGAGUCCCCAAGCCAUUGGGCUUACCAUCUUGCUCUUCCAGCUUCUCAGAGUCCAUACACUGAGUCACUGCUCCCCUUGAAGAGCAGCAAAUUAAGAGAAUGGCAAAAAACAGUAGAAGCACACGGGGAAAACAUACUGUGUAUGUGUCUGUGCAAGUAGGUCCACCUGCAGAGUAUUCUGGGGAUAAAUGGUAGCAUUGGGUACAUAGGUUAAUUUUGUACCUUACACUGUAAGGUGUGAAAUGUAGUUGUUAACACUGCUGUAUACAAGAUUGGAUUCCAUAUAUAUCAGGCACUGCUCAAAAGAUGUCUUAAAAUCUUAAGUCUAAAACUCUAAAAGACUAAGUCUCAGCCCACUUUUUCAUUUUUAAUGAAAUUCUUAACCCCAUGCCUGUUUCAGGGACUGCUGUUAAUUAUGCUUUCGGAUAAUUUUUUAAAUUGAUUCCAGUUUGUCUUUAUCUCAGUUAAUUUUUAGAAUGGAGAUCACAGCAUUUUUAAAAAUUGGGGCAAGACAUUUUGUAAAGUAUAUGAAAAAAUACUCUUCACCAUUGGCUUGGUUGACCCAGUAUGUUUGAGUGCCAAAGAUGUAUGAAUUCAGAUAUUGCCUACAUAGAUGUCAAUUUUAGUUUUGUGUGCCUAUGUAUAUGUACAAAUUUAAUGUUGUUUACAAUGGUGUUUGUUAGUUUCCAGCGGGCUCACACUUUAUAGUGUUUUCCAGAACACCAUCUACUUGUAAGUCAUUAAAAUAGGGUAAUAGCUGUGAUAAUAGUGUUUAUUGCCUUCCGCAAAAUGAUUUUAUCAGCCACAUUCAAAACCCAUCAUUUUCACAAGUUCCAUCAUUAAAAGAAGUAGAAUUCUAGUUGGCAUGAUUUGAGAGUUUCAGGAGAAAGGUUUAUGUGUUCUGAAACUGUAUUGGUUGUGACUCACUGUGGCAUUUCAGUCGUUAGUCACAUGAUGAAAAUAUGCAAGGCUUCAUUGCCAAAUAUAUUUUGACCAGAGUACAGUGAGAAUAGCUAAUGUAAAGUGAACUCUUUCAAGGUGUCUUGUACUCAUUUUAUUUAGAAUAUACUGUUUGGAUCAUUUACACCUAGGUAAAAGUUGAUGAAGCUUCAAAAAAUCUCCAAGAAAGCAUGAAAAAAUAGAGAUCAGUAAAUAUAAAUUCCUGAAUGCAAAAUCAAUAAGGAAUUAAAUGUUUUCUAUAAACUAAUUUUUUGGCUGUAAAUGUAAGUGUUUGAAGAACGGUCUAUCUUCAUUUAAGGUCUGAAUUCUCAAAACUACAUGGUGAUGCUUCCAUCCCUGUUCUUUUGAAAUGCAAAUUAGUGCUUUUUAACAAAAAAAGAAAGAGCUAACAGGUCUUAGAAUAUGGGACUGUGCCUCUGUGUAAAGUGAUUGGGAUUUUGUUAAAACCAUGUUUCCACUCCUGAAUCCUGGAACCAUCCUCCCUCACACACCCCCACACCAUACCUCGAUAAAAAAGUAUGAAGGGAAUCUACAGAAUCUAUCGAAGAUGCAGUUCUGAACGAACUAAUUUGUUCUCAUAAUUUAGAACAUUAAAUAACUAGUGCAUUUUAAUACCACUGAUAUACUGUUCAGGGCUUUGACCACAUUUUUAAAUAGAAUCAAAAGUAAUUCGAGUAGGCAAAUUUAUCCAAAGUAAACUUUGUUUCAGGAGUGUCCCCAACCAAAUGGAUUUUAGUGCAGAAUUUUGAGUGAUUUCACACAGAAUUAUUUUAGAAAAGCUGCACGAGUGGAUGAAUUCUUCAGCAUACAUCUUAAUGGGGAAGGGAGGAUUCAAUUUAAUUUCAGUUUUAAAUAUUUUGGGGUACAGGGGGGUGAUAAUCCUACAGCUUUUGACAUAUAAGUUGCCUUUUGAAUUGUGAUCGUUAUCAAGUGUGAAGAUUCACAUCAGAACGGCCAACUUCACAUGGGUUUCUCUAUUCCCUGGUGCUGCUCCUAAGCUGAACUUGCAGUCAGUUGCCAUGCUGAGGCGAGAGCACUCAGGGUUAAUGCAGUCAUGUUCCUUAAAAGUGAUCAAAGUGUUUUCCAUGGUGAGGCCUUCAGUAUUUGACUGAAUGCAGAGUUUGUUGAAGUGGUAAGUCAGUGAUAAGUUUUUCAUCACUAACCUUGUUUGCACUUUUGUACACCACUGCUUGCACUAGCAUCUCAGUGUGAAUUUUAACAAUGGUUUUAUAGUGUAUACAGAUUGUUAAGUAUAAUUUAUAUAAAGAUGUUUCUGUUUACCUUUAUGUAUUUUACAAAGAACAGCUACAGUAGAUAGUUAAAUGUUCUUGAAUUGUGUUUGUAUGUUAUUUUGAUUAUGUUCUAUUAUCAUUCACCCCCUAUGAAUUUGAGUGUUGGGAAUAGAAAAAUAAAAUGCCAGCCUGGUCUUUGAAAAA